GCACCUGGGCCGCCGCUAACGGGGCUCCCGCGUGUGCUCUGCCCAUAGGCAAGUCCGCAGCCGCCUUGGAGGAUGGACAUCAGGCCAAACCACACCAUCUACAUCAACAACAUCAAUGACAAGAUUAAGAAAGAAGAACUGAAGAGGUCCCUGUAUGCAUUAUUCUCACAAUUUGGUCAUGUUGUCGACAUUGUGGCUUUAAAGACUAUGAAGAUGAGAGGACAGGCUUUUGUGAUAUUUAAAGAACUUGGAUCGUCUACCAAUGCUUUAAGACAGCUGCAAGGCUUUCCAUUUUAUGGGAAACCAAUGCGUAUUCAGUAUGCAAAAACAGACUCUGAUAUAAUCUCUAAAAUGCGUGGUACUUUUGCUGAUAAGGAAAAAAGGAAGGAAAAGAAGAAGGCCAAGUCUCUGGAGCAGUCAGCAAAUGCAGCAAAUAAAAAGGUUAUCCAGGGAGCAACACAAAAUUCAGCCAGUGCCCCAGGGACUGCAGCACAGAAUCAGCAGGUGCCUGAUAACCCACCAAACUAUAUCCUUUUCCUUAAUAACUUGCCUGAGGAAACAAAUGAGAUGAUGCUCUCCAUGUUAUUCAAUCAGUUUCCUGGAUUCAAAGAAGUACGCUUAGUGCCUGGGCGCCAUGACAUUGCAUUUGUGGAGUUUGAAAAUGAGAAUCAAGCAGGAACUGCUCGAGAUGCUCUCCAGGGAUUCAAGAUUACUCCAUCUCAUGCCAUGAAAAUCACUUACGCAAAGAAAUAAUCAGAUGCUCCUGUAAAGGACUUCUGUGGGUUUGGUUUUUUUAAUAUUAUGAUACUUUGAUCAGCUAGCAUGUUUGCUGUUCUAUGCAGAAAACUUGAGACUUGUGUAAAAUUGCCACAAUGGCCAGGACAGAUGUAGGAUUUCCGUGGGUCUACUGAAUGGUAAUUUUUUGUGUUGAGAUACUAAUUUUUAUAAAAAUAAAUCCAGUUUAUGCUGUUUUCAA